AAGGGAAAACGGGAGGAACCGAGGGACCCCUCCCUCCACCGUCGCCGCCAGGCCCGCCAUCCACAUCCAUCCAGAUCCAUCCUCUACAUGGUGUCCAUGCUCUGGAGGGCUUCCCGUGACUUGGCUCGCGCCGCCCGCACAAUUGCGUCGGCUGGUCGCUGGGCACCGCCGGUGACCGUGGCUCGCUCAGCCCCCUCAGAUCUGAGCGGCCGCCUGUCCUUCCACAGCGGCAUAGAUACUAACACCCCCCGCUCCACCUACGCAGCCCCCGACGAACUGGCAUCGUCCCCCUCCUGCACCCCCCACCCAGACCCAGGUACAGACGAGGUAAUCUUGCCUUCAGACAAGGACCUCGAGUCCGAGGAAGCCCUGUGGGCCUUGUACAAGCGCUGGUGCAAGUCUUUCAACGAGGAGCGUGACUAUGAUGAGAUGGUUCGCCGGUUUGAUACAUUCAAGGACUCUGUUCGGAUGGUGGACAGUGUGAACAAGGCUAAUUUGCCUUACACUCUGAAAUUAAGUCAAUUCGCUGAUGGGAAGCUAGCAGAGUACGUGGUACCAAAGGUAUUUGAUGAACAGCGCUAUCGCCCUGAUUCUGCAACUUCUGUGAAGGGUGAGGCUUUCAUCUAUGCAGGAGAAGAUGAUGUGCCGGAACAUCCCCAAAUGAGGUUCAAGUUCUCUGAAUCUGGAGGUCCCAUCAUCCCCUUGGAAUGAAUCAUACCUUCGGCAACCCUGAAUAAAGUUAUAUGUGUCAGUGUUAUGCUUAUCUGUACCGGGUUGUGCUUUUGCAAGGCAUCCAUCAAUAUGUUCACUAAGCUAUGCAUCUUACUGUAACAUAUGCAUCUUCGAAGUAAGCCCAUAUAUGUAUGCUACUAUAAGAGAAUCCACGACCGGGCGCCUUAAACCCGUAUCA